AUGCAACGUGGGACUUACGUGGAGUCGGGCCACUUUGCGGAGCUGCUUGGGAUGAGGGUGGUGGGCGCCGCUUCCAGCAGGCCUCAGAUAUUGUGGAGUGGGAAUGAGGUGAACGUCAUGGCUUGUCCUCGUGAGAUUGAGGAGGAGGAAGAGGAAGCGUUAAAUACUGAGAGGCUGGGGCCUCCUGAUACGUGGCUGGAGUUUUUUGUGCUUAGAUCUGCGUUUGCGUGGCCGCACAAAAUUUCCUUUUGCCAGAUUACGAGGAUGUAUUUGUGCGCAGGGAAGGUGGUGCGUGUGUUGAGGAGGAGCGCGUGGUGA